AUGGAUAUUAUAGAAGCAUCAUCAAGCAUGGGAGUAGUACAAGUUGAACAUGAUGGAAAGAUGCACAACAAUGGAGAUGGCGGUGAAGAAGAUGCACCUCAUUUGUAUGAGUUAAAUGGUGAAAUGUAUGUGGGUGAUAGAGAUACUGUGGAGGAGGUGCAGGUUGAGGGAGGCUCGAUAGUAGCAGUGACUCCUGAUGGAAGAGUUAGCGGUUGUAGGAUUGGAGAGGAUGGGAUUGUAAGUGAACCAUUUGUUGGGAUGGUUUUCCCAAGUUAUGAUGAGGUUGAAAGUUACUACAAGCAAUAUGCUAAACAAGAAGGGUUUGGGAUUGUGCGGGCUGCUCAAGCGUACUCCUCUAAAUCUGGAGAAGAGAAGAAAAGGCGGAGUGGUUCGUGGACUUGUGAGUGUUUUGGAAAACCGGUUAGGCGUCGUAGUAGAGUUGGUAGUAGAGUUGUGAGUAAUAAUGUUCAAUGUGAUGAAGGGCAUGUGAACAAAUCAAAGAAGUGUGAAUGUCCGGUCAAUAUAUAUGCUAGUGUGAAUGAGAAUGGGGAGUGGGUGUUGAGGAAAGUAGUGGUUGAACAUGAGAAUCAUGAUCCAACCCCAUCAAAAUCCCGUCACAUUAGCAUGUAUCGAAAGGAGGAGUUGUAUAACCAUGUUAGGAGGAGAUUAUUCAAUGACUACAAUUCCGGAUUGAAGAUACCGCAGAUUCAUGGGUGCCUAGCUAGGGAGAGGAAUGGUGUCGAGAAUUGGGUUGUUACUGAGAGGGAUUUGAGAAAUGAGGUGAGUAUGGUUAAGCGGUUGAAACUUAAGGAUGGUGAUGCAAAUGCAAUGCUUGCGUAUUUUCAAAAGAUGAGUGCAAAUAAUCAAAUUUUUUUUCAUAUGCAUCGGUUGGAUGACAAAAAUACCUUGAAAGACAUAAUGUGGGUAGAUGCUCGGAGUAGAGCAGCAUAUGAGGAGUUUGGUGAUGUGGUGUGCUUUUACUCGGCGUAUUUGACGAAUGAGUAUGAGCUUCCGUUCGCUAACUUUGUUGGGGUAAAUCAUCACGGGCAAAGCAUUUUGCUUGGAUGUGCUUUAUUGUAUCAUGAGAGUACGGAGACAUUUGAGUGGCUUUUUUCGACUUGGUUGUGUUGUAUGAGUGGGAAGGCACCGAAAGGAAUCCUAACAGACCAGGAUGCCGCUUUGACUCGACUUGGUUGGUGA